CACCGCCACAAUGCCGUGGUCCAGCGUUCUCCCCCAAACGGUCUUCACCUCGCCGCUCCUCUCCGUCGCGGCCCCCAUCGCCGCCGGAACCUACAUCGGCUUCCAGACGAACAAACAAUCCCAGACAAAGAACGUCUACCGCAACCUCCAAAAACCCCCGCUCUACCCGCCCGCCUGGCUCUUCGGGCCCGUCUGGACCGUCCUCUACGGCCUGAUGGGCUUCGCCGCCCACCACGCAACGGUAACCGGCACAACGGUCUCCCCGCUGUCUUCGUCGACGCUGCAGGAAUGGACGGUCCAGUCGCAGGGCCUGUACUGCUCGCAGCUGGUGUUCAACUACUUGUGGAUGCCGCUGUUCUUCGGCCUGCGCAAGCCCGCCUGGGCACUCGCCGACAUGCUGCUGCUGGGCGCCAAUGUCUCGGCUCUGAUGUACACCUGGUACGAACAUGACCGCCCUGCAUUCUGGAUGAUGGUGCCGUAUGCCGCGUGGCUGGGCUUCGCGACGUAUCUCAAUGCCGGCGUGGGCAUUCUAAACCGGUGGACCAUCGGGGAGGACGAGGUGAAGAGGGAGUAAUGCCACUUUGUAUAGUAUCAGUAAUUAGUAUGCGUGAAGUGUAUAAAUUGUCCUGUAAUACCAUUCUUCGAUUCG